GCUCCGUAAUGCAGAUGCACAGCUCAGGCCUUUUAAUCUGACUGCUAACAUCGUGCUAAGGAGGAUUAAUUUCGGCCACCAAGUGUGAGCCUCAUUAGCCGGAUUGGAUGGAGAAGGCACCAUUUUCACGUGGGAAGACUGGCUGUGCCCCGACAGCACCUCCUUCUGGCGUGGGGAGGGCUGUGGUGACGCCAGCUAGUAAUUCAGUGGCGUUAGUCGUCCGCUGCCUCUGAUGUUGCGAUGAAGGGAAGGGAGCAUUAAUUCGCUUAGAAUUCUGCUGCGGCAAGAAUUCAGGCACAUCCAAAAGGCCGGAAGGAAUCUCCAUCUGAUGACCCAAGUAUUGAUGAAUCACAGACCACUAGGGAACAAAGUCCAGCUCCUAAAACCAGGAAGAGGAAGAGCGGAACUACAGGUUCAUUACCAGGAAUGAACAAACCUUCUACUGAUGGAGAGAUCUCUGAAGCAGAGUCAAACUGUUCUGUGUCUGAGGCCCAGGAACCCAUUUUAAGAGUAACUAGGAGAAGGCAGAUCUUAGUUGCAGGCACCCCAGUUUCCAGUGUAAGGAAAAAGCUGAAAAUAACUCGAGUAAGUGAGUCUCAUACUGAAGAAGAAGUCUCUGAAGCAGAAUCUCAUAUUUCAGGUAAUUCUAGAAUUGUGCAUCCCACAGAAAUAGCAACAAGAACCAGGAGAAGUAAGGCUAAAUCCCGAACCGAUCCAAACCAAGAAUCCCAUGUGGAAGCUAAUUCUGAUGCUGAGUCAUCAUGCUCAGACAUUUCUUCAUUUUCUGGAAUUGCAACUAGGAGAACAACAAGGAGUAUGCAAAGGAAAUUACAGGCACAAACUGAGGAGAAUGAUACUAAGAUUGUACCAGGAAAUGAAAAGCAAAUCAUAAAUACACCUGUGAAUUUAGAGGAUUCAGAUACCAGACGAACUUCUUCUCGUUUACUAGCAAGAUCGCUUUCUCAGAUAAAUAAGCCAGAUACCUCUAAUAAUGAAACUUAUGAUGACCCUGAUAAUGACUCCUUCUUUGGAAAUUCAGGAAAAAAACUAAUAGCGCAAAAACGCCAAAGUUUUAAUAUAAGACAGGAAAAACAAGAUGACGUUUCACCUCUCAAAGAAAUAACAAAGCAGAAUUGUAAGAGCUUAGAUGAAGAAGCCAAAGGAAUAAUAGAUGCGGGAAAAGAAAUUAAUGAGAAAAAUUCUCAGUUGAAGAGUCUUUCUGAACUUCAGGACACUAGUCUUCAGCAGUCACUUUCGCAAAGGCAUUCAACCCCCGAAAGUAGCAAAACCACCUCAGCAUCCUCAAACCUGAACUGUGAGGCUGUAAUGAAAUCGUUAGCUCAGACAUUUGCAGUUGUGGAAGUGGACAGAUGGAAUGAAGAGAGAAACAGCAGCAUAAAAACAAGUGACUGGACAGAACUUAGUGAUGGUGGUGAUAGUGAUGAAGAAGAAGAGUGCACAGUUAUAGUUGUUGGCGAAGACAUGAGCCAAGAAAGGGAUGUAGAUUUUCAGUGUGAUACCAAACUGUGUGAACUUGAGCCCAGCACAUCUCAGGAUAAAGAUGAUUCUGUUUUAUUAGUUCUCAGCAGUGAUGAAAGCCAGCAGUCUGAAAACAGUGAGAAUGAAGAGGACACUGUGUGUUUUGUUGAAAAUAGUGGUCAAAAAGAGUCAUUAAAUGGAGACUCAGAAAAUACAUCACGUGGCAAUGCAUUGUUUGUAAUUGACACAACUCCUCGACUGAAUGCUGAUGAAAAUUUUUACUUGGAUGAAGAAGACAAGGCAAGUGAAGUUGCCACUGAGGAAGAAAAGGAGGAGGAGGAAGAAAGUGAAGAAGAACCAUCAGACAGUGACAGAAAUAAAGAUAAUGAGUUUAGUGAUGAAGACAACUUACUAAAUAGCACAAAAUCUAAACUUCUGAAGUUGACUAGCAGCAGCAUAGAUCCUGGUCUGAGUAUUAAGCAGUUGGGUGGUUUGUAUAUUAAUGUCAAUGCAGACAAGCUACAGUUGAACAAGAGAACACUAACACAGAUCAAGGAGAAAAAGAAAAAUGAGCUUUUGCAGAAAGCCGUCAUUACUCCUGAUUUUGAAAAAAACUACUGUGUCCCACCAUAUAGUGAAUCAAAGUAUAAACUUCAGAAAAAACGCAGACAAGAGCGACAAAAAACAGCAGGUGAUGGCUGGUUUGGUAUGAAAGCUCCAGAACUGACAGAUGAACUGAAAAAUGAUCUCAGAGCACUGAAGAUGAGAGCUAGCAUGGACCCAAAAAGGUUUUACAAGAAAAAUGAUAGAGAUGGCUUCCCCAAGUACUUCCAGAUUGGAACCAUUGUUGACAAUCCAGCUGACUUCUACCAUUCACGAGUUCCCAGGAAACAAAGGAAGAGAACUAUUGUGGAGGAACUGCUGGCCGAUUCUGAGUUCAGAAGAUACAACCGAAGGAAGUACUCAGAGAUUAUGGCUGAAAAGGCAGCAAAUGCAGCAGGAAAGAAGUUUCGAAAGAAGAAGAAGUUUCGCAAUUAAGGUUCACCAAGCAAAUCACAAAAUUUUACAUCUCCCCUUUAUUUAUUACUAAAGAUAUUUUGAAAACUAACACAAGCAUCACAUAAAUUAACAUAGCCUGGCCCUAUUUAUAUAUAGGGAUUUCUCUUUGGAAAAAGUUGAUUUUAGAGAGGAUUAAUCACAUGCCCCUUGGGAUAAAAAUAGGGGUGUCUACAAAGGAUCCACUCAUGCUUAGACCCUUUGAGGAGGAAAAAAAGGAAAAUAACCUCAGUCAUUUAACAUUUUUGUAAAGUUUUCAACAUUUGGUUAUUUAAAGAAAAUUUAAAACAUUUAAAAUAUAAAGUUUGCUAACAUUCAAAAAUUUUAAAGUAAUAUGAUCAAACAUACGUGAGCAAUAUUGUAAUUAUUAUGUAGAGAUGUGUGUGUAGGGGAGAGAUCGUGCCCUUUUGUCAGUUGCACAUUCAAGUCCAGAAAAUUGGUGAAGCUGGGAUACAGAGAUCUUGUUGCCAGUAUAACAGCCACAGUUGAAACCAAAGAAAUGUUAAAAGUGUUCUUGGAGCAUGUGUAUGUUAGUAUAUGACCAAAGAACUAAAUGAAGCUAUGAAAAGGACUUAAAAGAUAGACUACUUGGAAAGUUUGGGUUAAAGGUAGAAGCAGGAGAGCUAUUUUCCUUCUUUAGCAACUGAAACAGGAGGAAAGAUAGAUUUUAUCCAGAUUCAAUGUUGUGUUCCAGUGAAAUAGUAUUAAUAUAAUUUUAGUUUGGCUAGGAGGUAAAGUGGCCCAGCCUAUCUCAUCUCCAGUGGCAGAAAUAUGCAUCCUGGCUAAAGCAACUCACGACACCCAAGGAGUGUUGGCCAUUUCUGUUAAUGCUUCUUGGUGGGUUAUUGCUUCCUUUAUGUCAUUAUUCACGGGACGUCUAUUUUGUAGCAUACUGCUUUCUUGGGAUUUCAGUAAAUAAGAAAUCUCCUAGGGCUUCCCUGGUGGCGCAGUGGUUGAGAGUCUGCCUGCCGAUGCAGGGGACACAGGUUCGUGCCCCGGUCUGGGAAGAUCCCACAUGCCGCAGAGCGGCCGUGCCCGUGAGCCAUGGCUGCUGAGCCUGCGCGUCCGGAGCCUGUGCUCUGCAACGGGAGAGGCCACAACAGUGAGAGGCCCGUGUACAGAAAAAAAAAAAAAGAAAGAAAUCUUCUAUUUUGUGUUUACUGCUUGGGAUCAUAAGCAGCCUAGUAAAAAAACUCACAAUGACAUUCAUAGGUGGAGUUAGUUAGUGAAAUAUCUCUAUCUGUUCUCUUUUAUAGAAAAACUUUUAUUCCAAGAAUAUUAAGUUUUGCCUUCUGGGUAAAAUAAGGACCUGCUAUGAGGGAAUUAAAUAUAAAAACAAGAAAUAAUUUACCCUUUACACAUUCUUCCAGAAGGAGACAUUGUUAGUAGAACGUUUCUUCAGCUCAUGCUACUAUGCCAUAAGAACAGUCAAAGCUGUCAAUCCUUUUGUAUGGUGUUUCUCGGUGCAAUUGAGGACUUACGCAGUUUUUUCUCAGGCUCGAGGUGUGUGUCAACUUUUUAUCUAUUCAUAACUUUCAUGCUGGUUUCUGACUAGUGAAUGCUAGAACAGGUUGAAUUAUUUGAUACUUCAAAACUGCAGUUAUGACAGAUAUUUGGUACAUUAUAGUGCAUUUUACAGGGAAAGCAAGAUUGGAGAACUCUAAUCCUUCCCACACAGAGCAGCAUUAGAGCUCUCUGGAUUGGAAAGCAGUGAUGAGGAACGAGAACUGAACCUAAGCGCCAAGUUCAGCUCUCACUAACCCACCUUAGAGGUGCUCACAGUACGUGUUUUGAGUACAGUUGACUCUUGAACAACACGGGAGUUAGGGGCACUGAAUCCCAUGCAGCUGAAAGUAAGAAACCUUAACAGUAGGCCCUCUGUAUCCACAGUUCUGCAUCUGAGAAUCAACUGCUUUCAGAUCAUGUAGUAUCAAUACUUUAGUAUGGAUUUAUUGAAAAAAAUCUAUGUAUAGUGGACCUGCCCAGUUCAAGCCUGUGUUGUUCAAGGGUCAACUGUAUUAUAGUUACAUUUUAACAUGCUCUUUUUUUGUCUCCAUUGAUUCUUUUUUUUUUAUCUUAUAUGUAUUUUUGUAAGCCACAUAAGUAACUUGGAACAAAGUAGAGAGUUAUCAACAAAUGUCAAAUACCUUAUUCAGUGAAAUAAACAAAUGCUUCAGCUAAAAGUCA